AUGGCAGCAAGAUUGAAGCAGUUGCAGUCAAAGGCAGUGCAAGCUUCCCAAUUGGUUUCCAAGCAUGGAACUACAUACUACAAGCAGUUACUAGAGCAGAACAAGCAAUUCAUUCAGGAACCACCGACUGUAGAGAAGUGCAAUGAAUUAUCAAAGCAGCUUUUCUACACCCGUCUUGCCAGCAUUCCUGGUCGCUAUGAAUCUUUCUGGAAGGAAGUUGAUUACGUCAAGCAUAUAUGGAAAAACAGGCCGGAACUGAAGGUUGAGGAUGCUGGUAUCGCAGCAUUGUUUGGCUUGGAAGUGUUUUGCUGGUUUUGUGCUGGUGAGAUCGUGGGAAGGGGCUUUUCAAUUACUGGUUACAAAGUUUAA